GCCCGGGACUCAUCUUCUCACGUCGGCUCUCCGCCCCUCUCGGGAGCCUCCUUUUCCCUCGGCUCCUCCCCGCCCCUCCGGGGACCUCUCCCCCAUCCCUGUCCCUCCCCCCACCCCGGAGGCCGGGCUGGACCGGACCCAGAGCCGCCACCGCCCGCUUCUGCCAUUCAAUGGAGGACGGUCCGCUGGAGAUCAUGACCAAGGACGGCGGCGACAUGCCGGCACCUUUGGAGGUGUCCACCGUGCCGGCCGUGGGGGACGUGAUCUCCGGAGAGUACAACGGCGGCAUGAAGGAACUGAUGGAGCACCUGAAGGCCCAGCUGCAGGCCCUGUUUGAGGACGUGAGGGCCAUGCGGGGGGCCCUGGACGAGCAGGCCUCGCACAUCCAGGUGCUCUCGGACGACGUGUGCGCCAACCAGCGGGCCAUCGUCUCCAUGUGCCAGAUUAUGACCACGGCGCCCCGCCAAGGCGGUCUGGGCGUGGUCGGCGGCAAGGGGAGCUUCCGGGGUGCCCCCCAAGAGCCGGAGACCCCUUCGCCUGGGAUCGGGGACAGCGGUAUGCUGGGUCGCGAUCCUGAGGACGAGGACGACGAUGAAGAGAAGGAGAUGCCCAGCUCCGCCACACCCACUAGUCACUGUGAGCGCCCCGAGAGCCCCUGUGCUGGUCUCCUUGGGGGGGACGGGCCACUUGUGGAGCCCCUCGAUCUGCCCGACAUUACCCUGCUGCAGCUGGAGGGCGAGGCCUCUCUGUGAGGGGACUCCGAGGGGCACUACUUUCCUGGGCUGGCUUUGGGUUUCCGAGUGCAUGACGCGAGGGGACUGAACGGUGCGGUGCAGCAUGCUUCACUCCGACUGCUGUUCUUGUGGGUCAGGCAGAGUGACUCCCUCGAGGAAGGAUUUAUAGGGUGAAGGACUUUGGGAGCAUCAAGAAUUCUUUCUGCCUAACCAAGGGAGACAAUAGCAAACUGCGGAAAGGUGAGGUUCCGGGAGAGGAAGCGCCCAUCUCUGGACUCCCAUCCAUCCCCUACCCCGCCCAUUCCCCCUCCCCAGCCAACAGGAGAACCCCUGAAUUGUGUAAAUAAAAUUCUGCUUUUUCUAUUCUGAAAAAGGACUUAUCUAGGACUAUGGCAAAUAAUCUCUAACGAUUUACCUAAAAAUUAAGGAAUUGGGGGUAUUCUGUUCUGGCAACAGAAAAUUUACCCUUCUGCUGAAAUCCAAGAUAUUCAGCGCUCGGCAGAAGCCUCUCCCCCUCACAGAUCUCUGCGGCUGCUGAUUGGUAAAGGAAGCUUAAGGAGGGAACUGCAGCCCUAGGAAUCUGGGUGAAUGGGGUUCCAAGGGCCCCUGGGCUGGGAGGAGCUGGCUAUGAAUGUGCAUGAAGACAUAAUAGCUCAACCUCUAGGAUUCUUGCAUGCAGAGCGGAUCCUGCCUUGUCACUGACUUCAUCUGGGAUUGCUUUAUCCACCCACUGGGGCUUAGAGAACAAAGAGCCCAGUACACAGGCAGAGACUUGGGGGUGCUCAGCAGCAGCCCAGAUUUAGGGGACAUUUGAGGGACUCUUGGGGGCCGCAGCCAAAAACUGUCUCUCUCCUGGCUAUACCCGCUUAACUUCAGUUCCUUUUCCUGUCAAUUUGUCCCUGCCCGCUGCCUCUCGGUGUUGCCUCCAUAAUGUCCUGUGUGUGUUAUGUGUGUUGACUUGUGUAGUAGUGUGUGAGCCCUGAGGGGCAGGGCUUGUGGCUCUGGUGUUAGGUUCAGGGGGCUUCAAACCCUUCUGUGAGUCCCCGGCUAUCAUGGCGCUUUCCCCUCUUUUUUCCUCUUUUCCCCCACAACCAGGGCAUGGAGCAUGUGGCUGUCCUGAGGUUCUUAACUGAUGUGCCUCCCUCCCACCUCCUUAAGUAGUGACUUUGUGUGCCCUUUCUCCUCCGCUGUGUAUUCCUUCUCAAUGCUUUCCUUGGUGUUAACCUUAAUAAAGAGGCGUCA